UUGCAAAUAGUAAAUAAUAGCUUUAAUAAUAUAAAAAAUACAGGUUUGGCAAUCAUGAGUCACUCUAUGAGCAGCCCUCGGAAUAUUCAACUAGUAUUCGAAACAUAUCAGAAAGCUCGGCUAGUCUUUGUACAGACAAUGGCUGAUUUGGCGACUCGAGCAACCAAUGUAAAGUGUCUUGAAAGCGCUGGAGUAUUAGAUUUGCUGCGUCCUUUGCUCUCCGACGGAUGCAGCACAGUACGGCAAUGUGCGGUGAUGGCAGCGGCGCGACUUGCUGAACAUGACGAGAGUGUAGCGCAACAAUUGCUUAGUAGCGGCAUGCUCACUAUAACAAUUGAAAAUCUAAACAAAUUUAACGUUUAUUACAAACGAUCAGCGCUGUACUUAAUAAGGGCCAUUGCUAAGCAUAAUGAGGACUUAGCUUCAACUAUUGUAAGACUAGGUGCCUUAGAGCAUAUUGUCUCGUGCUUGGAAGAUUUCGAUACGCAGGUAAAAGAAAAUGCGGCUUGGGCUUUGGGAUACAUAGGAAAGCAUAACGAGCAUCUGGCAGGACUGGUUGUAGAUGCUGGAACGUUGCCAUUAUUAGUGUUAGCAUUUCAAGAACCCGAAAUGAGUUUAAAACAGAUCGUCGCUGGUGCGUUAGUAGAUUUAGCACAACAUAAACCAGAAGCCGUUGUGGAUGCAGGUGCAAUUUGUCACUUAGUACGUGGAUUAGAAAAUCAAGAUCCUAAAUUAAAGCGCAGCACACUUUGCGCGCUGGGGGCUGUUGCGGGUGCGCGGGCGGCUCUAGGCGAGGCGGUGGUGGCGGGAGGCGCGCUUCCCCCCGCGCUGCUGCACGCUGGACACGACACGGCGCCCGUGCGUCGCGCUGCUGCUUGCUUGCUGCGCGACAUCGUCAAACAUUCUGUUGACUUAGCACAAUUGGUGGUAAACACUGGUGGUUGUGGUCCCCUCGUGGAGUUAUUAUCAGAAAGCACUGGAGGUACACGCGUACCUGCCUGCAUGGCCCUUGGUUAUAUAGCUGGCCAAUCUGAUCAAUUAGCAAUGGCUGUUAUUGAAGCCAAGGCAGUGGUUGUACUAGUGGAAAUCUUGCAAAACAAUGGAGAUGACGCUGACUUGUGUGCUGCUGCAUGGACUCUUGGUCACAUUGCAAAACAUUCCCCACAACACAGUCUUGCUAUUGCUGUUGCUAAUGCCCUACCAAGAUUGUUACAAUUAUAUACAAAUCCAAAGUCAUCAGGGGAGGUAAAAGCACGUUCUUUAUGUGCUCUCAAACAAUCUCUACAAUGUUGCUUACAUCGACCAGCCUUAGAACCACUACUUCAUGCAGCACCUGCCUGUGUACUAAAAUAUGUGUUGGCUCAAUAUGCUAAGAUACUUCCUAAUGAUGCACGAGCUCGAAGACUAUUCGUUACAACAGGAGCCUUGAAAAGAGUUCAAGAAAUUGAUACGGUCCCUGGAACCUCUCUUAAAGAAUAUAUUAAUAUAAUUAACAGCUGUUUUCCUGAAGAAAUCGUUCGGUACUAUACUCCAGGCUACUCUGAUUCACUGCUAGACAGAGUAGAGGCUUAUACUCCUCAGAUUCCAGAACUAUUUACAGAUAGGGUACCAAGCGACUGUCAGAGCGAAUUGACACUCGAAAAUGGCAAUUAAAUACUUUGAUAGAUACUAUUUUAUUGAAUAAAUAUGA